AAUUAAGAAUGAGCGUUAAAAAACCAUCAUAUGCAGGCAGCACAACAGAUUAUUCAGAUGCAAUGUUUUAACCAAAUUUUACAUAAAGAAACUAAUAAAUAAAUCAAAACUAUUAAAUAGGGUCUUAAAAUCAAUAAUUUGUUUUUUAAUAAGGAUUUUAAAACUAAAGAGUUUCAUUUGGUUAAGGAGAGGGAGUUUAAGGUCAAUAAACAAUGGGAAAGUAAAGAUCAGAUUAAAAUUUUUAACCUUAAUAUGCAGUAACAGAUUUGAAUAGUACAUUUACAAUGCUGCCUAAGGUAUUUGAAAUGGAUUAAGACUUUUUACCUUAGGAAAUAUUGUUUUUGUUAUCAGAAGAAAAUAAUCAUUUGGAUAAGUUUAAGAAAAAGGUAGAAAGAGAGAAGGAAAAGAUAAAGAGAGAUAUAAAUGGAAUAAAGAAUGAGAUUUCAAAUAUGAUUGAAGAUCUAAGUGUAUAGAUGCAAUAAUUUGUAGAUGAUCAUUACAAAAGAUAUUUACAAGUUUAUGGUGAUUUUAAAGAGGGAGUAAUUCAAUUUAAGAAAACAAAAUUGGAAGCUCCUUUAAAUUUAGUACCACCUCCACCUAGUAAUAAUUUUGGAGAUUGUUCUAAUGCAAAUUUAAUAAGGGAAUUAGAAGAGAUGAAAUACUAAAAUUAUGUAAGUAAAGUAAAUGCAUAUAUAAGUAAUUUGGCAAGAUAAAGAGUUGAUUAAAUUUAAAUAAUAUCUAAAGAAUUAUUAUAACUGACAAGUCAAAAUAGUGAAUUAUAUCAUUCUGAAGCUACAUUAAGAUAAUUAAAUAUGAUUAAAUAAGAGGUAGAGGAAAGAUUGAUCACAAAGUUUGGUGAUAUGAGAGAUUAUAUUUUACCUUUAGAUUAUAUGGAAUAAAGUUAAUAAAAAUCAAAUAGUUUAGAAACUAAAAGUAAACUCAAUUUAGAUGUUUAAUCACUUCCUUAAUCAGCUAUUAAAUCUAAUCCAUAUUUGAAUAUAUAAGAACCUAAAUUAACACUUAAUUUUGAAAAUCAAAUUAAUCAAUUUAAUCAAUCUUCAUAAACAAUAUAACCAUCUCCUAUUCUAUAAUUAUAAAAUCAUUUCAUUAAUACUCAUACUAUUUAAGGAAAGGUUACUGAAUUAUAAGAAAUACAAUCAUUAGAUAUCAGACAUAAUGGAAUGAUAUUAUGUUUUACAAAUAUUAAAGACAAUUUAAUUGCUACUGGAUCUAAAGAUACUUUUAUUAAUAUAUGGGAAGGAUAAUCUCUAUUAUCAAAAUUAGAUGGACACACUGAUGGUGUUUGUACAUUAACUGUUAUUAAAGCUAAUAAUGUACCAUUCUUUUUAGCAUCUGGAAGUGAUAAUGGAGAUAAAUCUAUAAAAAUAUGGAAUUUAUCAACUUUAAAAGUACAUAAUACUUUAAUAGAACAUUAAGCAGCUGUAGUUGCCUUAUUAUCAUUAGAUGAUGGAUAAACUUUAGUUAGUGGAUCUUAUGAUAAAUCAUUACUAAUUUGGAAUAUUGAUAAAACUUAAUCAAUUUAAAAAUUAAUUGGACAUACAAAUGCUGUUACAUGUCUCACGUUGGCUAAAGGAAGAUUUAUUUCUGGAGGAUUAGAUUAAAAUCUUAUUGUUUGGAAAAUCAUAAAAAAUGCUUAAGGAUAAUUUUAAUCAGCAUAAUUAGAAAGAUCUAUCAAGAAUUAAACACUUGUUUGUGCAUUAAAUAUUAUUUAAAUCUAAAAUAAUGUAAUUUAUAAUAAUAAUUAUUUUAGACUAAAAUCAUUAGUGGAGGUAAAGAUGGAAAAAUUAGAGAAUUUGAUAUCAAUACUGGAGAUCUCUUGUCAUCACAAUAAGUAGCUAAUGGACCUAUUGUUGAAAUGAUUGUUGCAUAAGAUUAUGUUAAUUAUUCUGUUAUUUCCAUGUCCAAUAAAGUAUUUUAAUAUAUAAUAUUAUUUAUAGGAUAGAAAUUUAAUUAUUACAACAUAAGGAAUUAAUAAAGUAUUAGAUACAAAUGAUUAAGUUUUUAUUGAAUUUGGAUGUGGUGUCUAUCCAAAAAUGGAAGUUAUUGAUAGAACUGGAUAAUUGUAGUUAAAUAUCCUUUCCUAAAAAUAAGAUGUUCAAAAAAUAUUUAAAUACAUCAUUUGA